AUGUGGCAAUGGGAAGGGGGGCUGGGAUAUGUAUGCAGCGAGGCGGAUAUCACAGCCCCCGCCUCGACUGGGUGGGCCGCCGCGUCGGGUAAGGUCACCCUGAACGACUCUGCCCUCAAUCGCUUCCAGUCUCUGAUGCCUUUAAAGCCCAUACAUCUUUCACCUCAUCCGGCCUCUUUGGCUGCUGUUAUUCUCGGCUAG